AUGGACAUGCCAAUAUCGACAGCGGGCAUUUCACAUAUCUCGACGCAUUUUUCAAACGGCGAGAUGAGCGGCAAGGAAAAUGCACUGCGUGAUAUUCUCAUGGACCCAGACAAGCGAAUAGGGAAAAAGAGCAGGACAAGAACCCAUUUCAAAGAAAGUCCGGAGUGGUAUUCGGGAUCUACCAGCGAUUCUGCUGCUGCUGCUGUUGUUGAAGGAAUAUCGAAGUACCGCGCUAGACGCAGUCGUGGAGGUACAUCUCAUGACUGCACUAGCGCGAAUCCAUUCUGUGAAUCUGGCUUGGACGGAUGCUUGGGAGGGUUUUAG